UCAGGCCCGGGUUUGGGGUUUAACGCUUUAGAGGCGGGUUCGCAUUACGUGGGAAAGUUGUCGUAGUAAGUGUGCCACGUCUGCUGGGAAGCGGUAGUCAUGAACUUGCCAAAGGCCGUUGUCUUGAAGCCUUCAAAUACUUUCUUAGUUCUAUGAGGUCGGGGGCCCUUUCUCUGUUUUUGUAGGAACUUUCCUGCGCCAGCAGCAUGAGGCUUUUUUUGUGGAACGCGGUGCUGACGUUGUUGGUCACUUCUUUGAGUGGGGCUCUGAUCCCUGAACCAGAAGUGAAGAUUGAGGUGCUCCAGAAGCCGUUCAUCUGCCAUCGCAAGACCAAAGGGGGAGAUUUGAUGUUGGUCCACUAUGAAGGCUACUUAGAAAAGGAUGGCUCCUUAUUUCACUCCACUCACAAACAUAACAAUGGUCAGCCCAUUUGGUUUACCUUGGGCAUCCUGGAGGCUCUCAAAGGUUGGGACCAGGGCUUGAAGGGAAUGUGUGUAGGAGAGAAGAGAAAGCUCACCAUUCCUCCUGCCCUGGGCUAUGGAAAAGAAGGAAAAGGUAAAAUUCCCCCAGAGAGUACACUGAUAUUCAACAUUGAUCUCUUGGAGAUUCGAAAUGGACCAAGAUCCCAUGAGUCAUUCCAAGAGAUGGAUCUUAAUGAUGACUGGAAACUCUCUAAAGAUGAGGUUAAAGUGUAUUUAAAGAAGGAGUUUGAAAAGCAUGGUGCAGUGGUGAAUGAAAGUCAUCAUGAUGUUUUGGUGGAGGAUAUUUUUGAUAAAGAAGAUGAAGACAAAGAUGGAUUUAUAUCUGCCAGAGAAUUUACAUAUAAACAUGAUGAGUUAUAAAGAUACAUCUGCCCAUUUUAUAUGGCAUCCAUCCUUAAAGACAGGGCAACCAUUUUAAAAGAAGGUCUCAUUUUUAAAUAAUGUGCUGUUCCUGUUCUGGUUAUAUAUACAUAUAUAUAUAUAUAUAUAUAUAUAUAUAUAUAUAUAUAUAUAUAUAUAUAUAUAUAUAUAUUUUUUUUUUUUUUUUUUUUUCUGAAUAUUAUUUGAAAAACCCCUUAAGAUUCCUAAGUGCCCAUUUCUUUCUGGUGAGUUAUUGGGAAGAAAAGAAAUUAAUUUGUCUUUGAACGGAAGACUGCUGAACUAUUUUCCACUUUCACAUAUGAAGCCUUAUGGUUUACUUGCUUACUUGUAAUUUUAAAAUAUUGCAGCCAGAAGCAUGCCCAACAAAUCGGCACCCUCUAUUUCUCCUUCCCUCUAUUUUCUCCAAGUUAGAUACUGACAUUUGAGAAACCUUUUGCAAUAGCCCAAGGCUUACUAUUUUCAUGUUAUAAUGAAACAGUGGGUCUGUAACUGCCUUUGAGUCUCUGCUUAAGGAAAAGAGGAAACUGGUUGUUGAUUUGGGCUUGUAACCAAUUACUGCUCUACUGAGAUGUGUAAGGCUGAAGUGAGUAACAAAGUUAAUAACUUAUAAAUAUGUAUACAUUGAAACAUUCUGCCCAGGACUUAAGUUUUAUAAAGUUUGGUUCCUAGUGACUAAUAAUCUAUAAUGAGAAAUUGGACAAAUUAUUUAUGUGUCUGGCUCUUCGUAAUAACGGGUCAAAACAUUGUUGCUGAGGUAGAGAGUUGUAUCUAGUCAAUGUUUAAGUCUAGCAGAUUACCCUUCCUGGUUUAUUAAUGAAUAAAAUCUAUUACUAAUGUAUUAUACUACAAUAACAUUGUAUCAUGAGAGAAGUUAGUAAGCCAAUCGAAAAUUUCCCGUUUCUGCUCAUCAAAAAAUGACAUGGAUCCACAGCUGCUACUAUUGCAUAAAAAUCUGUCCUGCAUCAAAAAAAUGGAUGAUUUUAUAAUUUUACCUGAAAUUGGCUUUUAUCCUUUUCCUUUAAAAAAGCUCCCAAAUCUCCAUUUACUAAGAAUAGUUCUUUAUCAUUUACAAAGUGAUCUCAAGUGCAUCAUUGUCUUUGAUUUUCAUUGCUCUGAGCCCUGUGGGGGGGAAAAAAAACUGGUGGAUCUUAAUGUAACUGUUUUAUAGAUGAGGACAUUAUCCUUCAAAGAGAUUGAUUGUUUUGUCCGAGGUCAACAGCUAACUUGUGCAAACAGAUCGCAGUCCCCAAGUUCAGUAUGUUUGUUUUGCCCUCUACUAGUGAAAAAGCAAAACUUGCCUUUGAACUCAUUGGACCUAAUUCUCUCUUCACUUUGCUCUCAAAGCAGUCAGCUCUGUUUUUUGUUUGUUUUUUUGUUUUUUUUUUUUAUCUUUGGCUCCUUAUCCUUUGAAGAUGGUGAACUGGCUGUUGUAGGUACUUUUGACUUCUUCCCCUGAUCUAGGAAAGGCUCUGGUUUCAUUGAAUAGUCUUGGGGUUAGCACUGAAUUGCCUCAAAAACCCUGUCCUGUGAGAAGAUCCAGGCAUGUUUCUUAGUCCUUUCAUGCUUGUUUACCUCUAGGUUUUUUUAUUUUGUUUUGUUUUGUUUUGUUUUAGAGAGUCAUGAACAAUUAUUGCAUCAUAUACAGGCUACUUUUGCCACUUAUCUGUUGACAUUUUCCUCACCAGACCAUAAAGUUCUUGAGAAGAACAUAUAUAACACCUUUUUUCUGAUGAAAUCAGCUAUAUGUCAAAAACUCUUAAAUUGUCACUGCUAUUUUCCUCAACCCGGAGGAGUUAUGAACCGCAAUACAGAAAGCUUUAUGCUGUGUUCGUCGGGAAGGAGAGAGCUUGUCACGUGGUAGCACCUUGUAUAGACGUUAUUGGCGAUGCUAUCUCCGGUAAAGCAGGCAAAGCAAAAAGAAUUGUGAUUAUUUGGGCAGCGUAUUUCUUUAUAUGUGAGUUCACAUAAAUUCUCAUCUAAAUCUUUAGACACAAACAUGAAAUGAAAGCAUAUAAAUAGGUUAUGGUCGUUUUUAAGCAUCUGCCUUUGGUUUAGCUGCACCUCUACCCCUUUCCAUUCGUGGGAAUAAUCAGACAUGAACUGUGACCUCACUUGUAAUAUAAUUUGACUCAUUAAUAUUGCUAGAUAUGUCCUACUUAAGUUUAUAUGACCAUGUUGUAUUCUUUUCAAAAUAAACUUUAUUUGGGGAA